UUCCGCACAACGGUGUUGAGGGAAUCGUAGAAUCUCUCUGGGAAGGGUGUGACUUGAGGUCCGAGAAGAGAAACCGAAGCACACAAAACAAACUCAAAAACAGAGAUAUCGUUCUGAAAAUCGCCGGAAACUGAAGCACAGACCAAAGUCCAAUAGAGAUUUCGUUGGCGUGUGAAGCUGCAAAUUUGUAUCAUAUCACGGUAGAGGUAGUGAUUACGAAAGGAGAAAGAAACCCUAAAAGAUGGGGAAGAAGCAGCACAGCAAAGACAGAAUGUUCAUCACGAAAACCGAGUGGGCAACGGAAUGGGGAGGCUUCAAAUCCAAAGACAACCGCACCGUCUUCAAGCGUCUUCCAUUCUAUUGCUGCGCCCUUACAUUCACGCCGUUUGAGUAUCCCGUUUGUACACCUGAUGGCAGUGUUUUCGAUGUUAUGAACAUCACUCCUUAUGUUAUCAAAUAUGGUAAACAUCCUGUUACCGGAACUCCGUUGAAGCAGCAGGAUCUCAUUCCACUCAAUUUCCACAAGAAUUCAGAAGGAGAAUUUCAGUGUCCUGUGCUAAAUAAAGUUUUCACUGAAUUUACACAUAUUGUGGCGGUGAAGACAACAGGAAAUGUGUUCUGCUAUGAGGCCGUUAAAGAGUUAAACAUUAAGACAAAAAACUGGAAGGAGCUUCUCACUGAUGAACCAUUCACUAGGGAUGACCUUAUAACAAUUCAGAAUCCUAAUGCACUUGACAGCAAGGUUCUUCUGGAUUUUGAUCAUGUUAAACACAAUCUGAAAAUUGACGAUGAAGAACUACAGAAAAUGAGUUCGGAUCCAACAUAUAAUAUAAACAUGUCUGGUGAUCUCAAGCAAAUGUUUCAGGAGAUUGGAACUGAGAAAGGAAAAGAAACCGCGAUGCAUGGAGGAGGUGGUGGCAAGGCACGGAAAUUAAGGGCUGAUGCACUUGCUGCCGUCAUAGCUGCACGGUCACGUCUUAAAGAGGAUUCCGAAUCAAAUCCAAAUGAAGAAGCCAAAGCUCCUCAGGCGUUUAGUAUUGUGGAUGCUGCAUCUGCCUCAGUACAUGGAAGAAGUGCAGAUGCUGCUAAAGCCUCAUCAAGUGAUAAAACUGCAGCUAGAAUAGCUAUGCACAAGGCUGGUGACAGGGCACCGGUGAAUGCAAAGCUGGUAAAAAGCCGUUACACUACUGGUGCUGCUUCCCGGUCAUUUACUUCAACAUCUUUUGAUCCAGUUACAAAAAAUGAAUUUGAAUAUGUCAAAGUGGAGAAGAACCCAAAGAAGAAGGGAUAUGUGCAACUGCAUACAACACAUGGUGAAUUGAACAUUGAGCUGCAUUGUGAUAUCGCGCCCAGGGCAUGUGAGAACUUUAUCACACUUUGUGAACGUGGAUAUUAUAAUGGAGUUGCUUUUCAUAGAAGCAUUAGGAAUUUUAUGAUACAAGGCGGUGAUCCUACUGGCACUGGUAAAGGAGGUGAAUCAAUAUGGGGAAAGCCUUUUAAAGAUGAACUUAAUUCCAAAUUGGUUCACUCUGGAAGGGGUGUUGUCAGCAUGGCAAACAGCGGGCCACACACUAAUGGUUCCCAGUUUUUUAUCUUGUACAAGUCUGCGCCUCAUCUAAACUUUAAACAUACCGUUUUUGGAGGAGUUGUUGGAGGCCUGACUACAUUAGCAGCAAUGGAAAAGGUUCCUGUGGAUGAUGAUGACCGACCUCUGGACGAAAUCAAGAUAACAAAUGUCACGAUUUUUGUCAACCCUUACACUGAACCGGACGAGGAAGACGAAAAGGAUAAUGCCAAAGAGAAGAAUGCAGAGGAUGAAGAUAAUGAUAAGAUUGGCUCAUGGUAUAGCAAUCCCGGUGCUGGUAUAUCUGAAUCUGGAAGUAAGGGGGUUGGCGGUGGCGUUGGCAAGUACUUGAAAGCUAGGAGUGCUCAAGCUGAAUCUGCUAAUGUUGACACCGGUACAGCCGUUGGAAAGAAAAGAAAAGCAGUUGUCAGUAGUGAAUUUAACGAUUUUUCUGCUUGGUAAUCAUCCCAAUUUUGUACAAUUUGUAAAAAGUGUAAAAUUUUCUUGUGCCGAUAGCUUUACAGUGGGAAAUUUGACUGAGAAAGAAGAUUUUUUUUCACGCCAUUCAGAAUUAGUAGCAAUGAAGUUUAUUUGAUACAAGAAUAGUGGAUCAUUUUGUCUCGAA